GCAGAGAAGAUAAGGCAGGAAGCAUUCCCUACUUAUAAAAGCCAGUGAUUUCCCAUUUAACAAGUUUCAUUACCAACUCAAAAUCCAAAUGGCUACUUUCUUUGGCUCUCCACCAUUUGUUUCAUAUCCAGUUACAAGAACUCCACAUAUUACAUCAUCUUCUCAACCUUCUCCUCCUCAACAACCUCCAAAUCCUCCUCCUCAACCUCAGCCUCUAAAUGCUACAUCAUCAGAGCCAAUAUCACCUGUUUCAUUACCUGACAAGAAACAGAAAUCUGCUGCUGAUUCCACAGACUGGAUAGCCUCGUCCUUGACUCGAAGAUUCGGCCUUGGUGCAGGCCUUGCAUGGGCUGGUUUUCUAGCUGUUGGCGUUCUUUCUGAGCAGAUUAAAACCCGCCUCGAAGUAUCUCAGCAGGAAGCCAAUACAAAGGAUGUCGACAAGGAAGAAGAAGUGGUGCUACCUAAUGGCAUUAGGUACUAUGAGAUGAGGGUGGGUGGUGGUGCCACCCCGAGGCCAGGAGAUUUGGUGGUGAUUGAUCUCAAGGGAAGUGUCCAAGGCAGCGACAAAGCGUUUGUCGAUACAUUUGAUGGGGACAAGAGACCGCUAGCCAUAUUCAUGGGAUCAAUGCCUUAUGGCAGGGGAAUGUGUGAAGGGAUUGAAUAUGUUCUGAGAAGCAUGAAAUCUGGCGGAAAGAGGAGAGUGAUAAUUCCUUCAAGCUUAGGAUUCGGAGAAGAUGGCGCGGAUUUGAACUCUGGAGUGCAAAUUCCUCCAUCGGCAACACUGGAGUAUAUUGUGCAGGUUGACAAAGUAUCAAUUGCACCUGCAUAAGUUCUUUAACACAAUACUAUGUAGGAAGGACAAGAAGGGUUUUGUGCAAAAUGAUGAAACAGAGAUUUGGUUAUCAUUUUAUAGUGAUACACUGUCACAUUGGCAUUUUCAACCAUUCUUAUUGAUUAAUUUUGCCCUUAUUAUUGUAUCAAAAUGGACAAAUUUCAGCUAAUUUAUCGAAGCAAGUCAUGCAGGA